UCAUCAAUCUAUGGCCUGGACCAUGCCAUCCUCAAUAUCCCCAUUCCGCCACCGUCUAUGUGGAUGAACCUCGGGUAUUGGAAGAAUGAAACAGAUUUCCCCUCCGCAUGCGCAGCCCUGCUAAAUGAAGUCCUGAUCACCGCGUCUCUCCUCGAUUCCACCGCCAGCCCCCUCGCACACCCACCACCCACGCGCCACUUCCACCUCCUCCUCGACGUGGGGAUCGGUUGCGGCGACCAAUCCAUCCAUUUACUCAAUCUACGGCGCAUCCAACCCGACAAUGGCUCGGAGAACCCCUUCUUAUUCAGCUCAUACGUCGGCCUAACCCUCGUUCCAACCCAAGCGGAGCUGGCUACUCGUCGUAUUACCCAACACCGCCGCCUCGCCUCCUCCUCCCAACCCACGGACGCAAGGGCGGAUAUCUUCUGCGCUGACGCGGCGAGCCCUUCUUCCUGGGGUAGAGAAAUCCACUCCGCUCUUUCCCGGACCCAGUCCCAAUCCCAUCCCGAACAAGAAGGAGAGGAGGAGGAGGAGGAGAAAUGGCUCCUCGCCCUCGACACCCUGUACCACUUCCGUCCCUCGCGGACGCCCUUACUCCGCUACGCAUGCUCCACUCUGCACGCGUCUUUCAUGGCCUUUGAUCUCGUUCUCGCGGACUCCGUCUCGUUCUGGGAGAUUCUUCUGCUCCGUCUUGUCUGCUGGGUGUCUGGCACGCCGUGGGCGAAUUUCCUCACGCGGGACGAGUACGAGGCGCUUCUUGUUCGGGUUGGGUACGAGUCGAGUCAGAUUGUGAUGAGGGAUAUAUCGGCGGAUGUGUUUUCGGGAAUCGCGGCGUUCUUGAAGUCCAGGGAGGCGGAGAUGAAUCUUUACGGAAUGUCGAUUGGGAAGUUUAAGGCGGCGAGGGUUGUCUUUGACUGGUGGGCGAGGAAGGGGAUAGUGCGGGGGGUUAUUGUUGUGGCUCGU